AUGCGUCCUGAGUUUUGUGAAUUUAUUGCGGAGAAUGAGUGGGUGGAGAUAAAACCAAAUUUCAAUGGAGAACAGCUUCAGUUGAUAUGUGGCGACAUAGGUCCAUUUGAAGCCGGAGUCCCUCUUUCAGUACCUCUUUGGGUGGCCGUGUUUUUGAAAAAAAAGCAUUCUUGUGAAAUUAUACUACCGGAGUGGUUAACUUUAGAAAGUUUGGGAAAGAUGAUUGUGGCAGAGAACGAUUCCCCUUCUUUUUCCCGUAUCCCUAAGCAUUUUAUUGAAAUGGCGCACACUAUUUUAUAUUAUUUUAAAGAUGAUAUUGUUAAUGGUGACCAGAUCAAAACAUGCGUGCUAGACGUAUGGGACAGACGGGUAGCGAAGAUGAGGUCAUCGACACUGAAAUUUUUGUCUGAGUGGGUAGAAUUAACGGUUACUUUACGUUUGUUCCAGGCCAAUUCUUCUCAUGCACGACUGGAUAAUAUAACUUUUUUUGAGGUUUGUUACGCCAAACCGCCGAUUCUAGAAGCUAUUAAAAAUAUUCGAGAUUUUCAUACUGUUUUAAAUAGCGUCAGACCAUCUUAA